AUGUUGUCUACGCAUACGCUGGAGCGUGCCGAGCAUGAGUCGCUGUACUACAAGGAGCUGUUGGACUCGGUCCGCGAGGUGCCUUCGGAGAGCGAUGACAUCGCGUCGGAUGGGAGCUGGUCGGACGGCAAGGGCAAGAGCACGGACAGGGGCAAGGGCAGGACCAGGGGCAAGGGCAAGGGCAAGGGCAAGGGCGGCAAGAGCAGCAAGCGGACCAAGAGUGCGAUGCAGGCGGAGAGGAAACGUGUGGGGCCUGCGGGUGGUGUGGCUGCGGUGGAUGAGGCGCUGGCCGAGGUGGCCAAGAAGCAUGGCGAUGUGUAUGGUGAUGUGCAGCGGGCUCGGCAGGCGCAGGCAGAGGUUGCGCCGGAAGAGGCUGCGUAUCGGGCGGCGGUGGCGGUGAAUGGAGGGCGGCUGAACGUGGACGGCGAGCUGAGGCGGAUCUUUGGCGCUGAGGCCAUCAAGGCGGCGGCCAAGACGCGGCGGGAAAACAAGGCUGCCGAGGCGGCGCGGUUCGGGCGGCGUCGCGGCGGGCGCGGGCGCGGCGGGCGGCGGCAGCGACGGGCGAAGAAGUCGCUGUUUGUCGGCCUCGACGAGGACUGGCCGGUCGAGCUCGACUCGGGCCUCGCGCUCGAGUACAUGCGGCUUGCAGACGGGCUCGACGAGUACGGAUACGUGGCAUCGCCAGCGUACGAGCUUGCGCAGGCGCACUUUUACCAGGCUGCGGCGUCGAUGGACCCCAACUCGAUUGUGCACCUCGCGCAGCGAAACCCAUGGCAUGUGGACACGCUGCUGCAGCUUGCAGACAUUCUCAACCACUCGGGCCAGGUGGCCGAGGCGACAUCGCUCAUCGAGCAGGCGCUGUACGGGCUGGAGGCUGCGUGGCCAGCGUCGUUUGACGUGACCUCGGAGAGCGUGCGGAUCCGGUACGCAGAGCGGAGCAACCGCGGGCUGUUUCUUGUCCUCUUCAAGCACAUCGACAACCUCUCGCGCAAGGGCUGCCAAGGCACGGCGUUUGAGGUGUGCAAGCUGCUGCUGAAGCUCGAUCUCGAGCACGACCCGCUCGCGGUCUUGCUCAUGCUCGACUACUACGCGCUGCGGUCGCGCUCGUACGACCAGUUUAUUGCGCUCGAGGCUGCGCUGGAGGCGAAGAACCUGGCGGACCUGCCGAACUGGGCCGGAGCCGGGAGCGGUGGGGCGGGCACGUCGAGCACGAGCAUGGCCGACGCCGAUGCGGCCCUGCUCGCUGCGCUCAACAAGUUUCCGCACAUGGCGGUGGUGCUGGGCGAAAAGUGGGCGCGAGCUACGAUCCCGCCGUCGCUGCUGAUGCUGGAGACGCUGUACGUGGAGCGGGCGUCGUCGUUGUGGGCGGAUCCUGCGGUGACGGGCUGGCUGGCGCGGGUGGUGAGCGAGUGGGCGCAGGGGCCGGCGCCCAACACCGAGGCGCUGGAGGCUGCGUUUGUCGGCAGCCCGCCGCGGUCGAUUUGCCGGCAUGUGGCCCUCUCGGGCUACGACAACGUGCUUGGGAUGCUCCCGCGCGAGCUGCUCGCAGCCGGCGUCCGCGCGUACAACCCGUUCCCACCGGCCGGCGAGGUCGAUGAGGCGGCAGCCUCCGAGGUGGGCAUCAACCCGGAUCUGACGGAUGGCAACGCCGCGCUCGCCUUUCUCCGCUCGCUCAUGCCGUGGCAGGCUGUUCAAGGUGGCGGUGCCGGAGCUGCCGGCGGCGAGGCUGCCGAUGCCGAGGCCAUGGCCGCUGCCCUCGCCGAGCAGUUUAUGCUCCACCAGCAAGGCCAGGGCAAUGGUGGUGGCGAUGGCCAUGACGAUGGCGCCGACAACUAUGCACCUGGCGGGUUUUGAAUAUGCAAGUCAAAAACUGAUCACCGAUGAGA